AUAUGAUGUAGAAACUUCUGCAAAGGCUGAUGAAAUUGAGAUGAUCAUGACGGAUCUCGAAAGGGCAAAUCAGAGGGCAGAGGUGGCUCAGAGAGAGGCAGAAACCUUAAGGGAGCAGCUCUCAUCAGCUAACAAAUCUCUCCAACUUGCUACACAGAUCCAGAAGGCACCUGAUGUGGAGCAGGCCAUAGAGGUGCUGACGCGAUCUAGCUUGGAGGUGGAACUGGCUGCAAAAGAACGUGAAAUUGCCCAGCUCGUAGAAGAUGUCCAGAGACUCCAAGGCAGCCUCACUAAACUUCGUGAGAACUCCACCAGCCAGAUAUCACAGCUGGAGCAGCAGCUGACUGCCAAGAACAGCACACUUAAACAACUGGAAGAAAAACUGAAAACACAGGCUGACUAUGAAGAGGUUAAGAAAGAAUUAAAUAUACUGAAGUCCAUGGAAUUUGCACCCUCUGAGAGCUCUGGUGCACAGGAUGCAUCCAAACCACUGGAGGUGUUGCUGCUGGAGAAAACUCGCUCGUUGCAGUCUGAGAAUGCCACACUGCGUAUCACUAAUAGUGACCUGAGCGGGUCAGCCAGGAGAAAAGGGAAAGACCAGCCUGAGAGUCAGCGUCCAGCAACCUUGCCGGCCUCCCCUUCUUCUCAGUUGCUCCGCAACACAGGGGAGCAGGCUUCCAAUACUAAUGGUACACACCAGUUCUCACCAACGGGUUUAAGUCAAGACUUUUUCAGCUCAUCCUUGGCAAGCCCCAGCUUACCCCUGGCCUCCACAGGAAAAUUUGCACUAAACUCUCUCCUCCAGCGACAGCUAAUGCAGUCCUUCUACUCCAAGGCAAUGCAGGAAGCAGGAAGCACAAGCAUGAUUUUUUCAACAGGUCCUUACAGCACAAACUCCAUAUCUUCCCAAAGUCCAUUACAACAAAGUCCGGAUGUUAAUGGUAUGGCCCCAUCUCCCAGCCAAUCAGAAAGUGCUGGGAGCAUCUCUGAAGGCGAGGAGAUAGACACAGCAGAAAUUGCACGUCAGGUGAAAGAGCAAUUGAUCAAGCACAAUAUUGGACAGCGGAUAUUUGGACAUUAUGUCUUGGGACUGUCACAAGGGUCUGUGAGCGAGAUACUAGCCCGGCCAAAGCCAUGGAAUAAACUGACUGUGAGAGGCAAGGAGCCAUUUCACAAGAUGAAGCAGUUCCUCUCAGAUGAGCAGAACAUCCUGGCCCUACGCAGCAUCCAGGGUAGACAAAGAGAGAAUCCAGGCCAGAACCUGAACAGACUAUUUCAGGAAGUACCGAAACGAAGAAAUGGGUCUGAAGGUAACAUCACCACAAGAAUUCGAACCACAGAGACUGGCUCUGAUGAAGCCAUCAAAUCCAUUCUAGAACAAGCCAAAAGGGAGCUGCAAGUACAGAAAACAGCUGAGCCGGCUCAGCCACCUUCUGCAUCUAGCAGUGGCAAUUCUGAUGAGGCCAUUCGAUCCAUUCUGCAACAAGCCCGACGUGAAAUGGAAGCACAGCAGGCUGCCCUUGAACCUGCCUUAAAAACAACACCUUUGUCUCAAGCAGACAUUUCCGUCUUGUCCCCAAAACUGAUAUCUACACCUGCAAUGUCUUCAGUUUCCAGUUAUUCUCCAUUGGCCUUGUCACUGAAGAAACAUUCAACUGUCAUGGAUUCUAAUAUAUCUGCAUUGCAGAACCUCUCUGGGCUAAAAAAGGAGCACCAGGAAACACCAGUUUUAGAGCUUCAUGGAAUAACUGAUUCUGCACAGGGUGCGCUGAGGCAUGUUAAAAAUGAAUUGGGACGUGGUGUUUGGAAGGACCAUUGGUGGAACACUGUUCAGCAUGACAGAAGAAAUACCACUCUUUCUGAAGAUACGAAGGUUGAGGAAGUCAGCAGUGGAAAAGAAAAGGUCAGCAGCCAGACAAGGUCAGAUCGUAGCCAACUCCAAGGACCAUCCUCUUCAGAAUACUGGAAGGAGUGGCCAAAUGCUGAAUCUCCAUAUUCCCAGAGCUCUGAAUUGAGCAUGACUGGGGCAAGCCGCAGUGAGACACCACAAAACAGCCCCCUUCCUUCCUCUCCUAUUGUACCUAUAUCAAAGCCAUCCAAACCCUCAGUUCCUCCAUUGACACCUGAGCAGUAUGAGAUUUACAUGUACCAGGAAGUGGAUACAAUAGAGCUAACUCGUCAGGUCAAAGAAAAGCUAGCAAAGAAUGGCAUCUGCCAAAGGAUCUUUGGGGAAAAGGUGUUGGGCCUAUCCCAAGGGAGUGUCAGUGACAUGCUCUCCAGGCCAAAGCCAUGGAGUAAAUUGACACAAAAAGGCCGAGAACCAUUUAUUCGUAUGCAGCUCUGGUUGAAUGGUGAGCUGGGACAGUGUGUCCUACCUGCACAAGGACAGCAACAAGGGCAAGUCCUCCACUCAGUGACAUCACUGCAGGAUUCCCUACAGCAGGGAUGUGCAAGCUCAGAAAGCACUCCAAAGACCUCGGCCAGUUGCAGUCCUGCUCCUGAGUCUCCUAUGAGUUCCAGUGAAUCAGUGAAGAGUCUGACUGAAUUGGUACAGCAACCCUGUCCUGCUAUAGAGACAAGUAAAGAUGGCAAACCACAAGAAUCAAGUGAGCCACCUGUUUCUGAAUCCCAGUCAACAACACCUUUGCCUCUCUCAGGCCAUUCAGCACUUAGCAUUCAAGAACUCGUUGCUGUCUCUCCUGAAUUGGACACAUAUGGCAUUACGAAGAGGGUUAAAGAGGUGUUAACAGACAACAACCUUGUGUGGCUGACAAGCCUAAAAAGCAGCAGAAGAGCCAGGAAAUGUGCCCCAAACUCUGCAUUAGGUCAGCGUUUGUUUGGGGAGACAAUCCUAGGGCUAACGCAAGGCUCAGUCUCAGACCUCCUGGCUCGCCCAAAGCCCUGGCACAAAUUGAGUUUGAAGGGGCGGGAGCCCUUUGUCCGCAUGCAGCUGUGGCUAAAUGAUCCCAACAACGUGGAGAAAUUGAUGGAUAUGAAGCGAAUGGAGAAAAAAGCCUACAUGAAACGACGGCACAGCUCAGUUAGUGACAGUCAACCUUGUGAGCCCUCUUCAGUUGGAAUAGACUAUAGCCAGGGAGCCAGCCCACAGCCACAGCAUCAGCUAAAGAAACCACGAGUAGUGUUGGCACCAGAAGAGAAAGAGGCUCUAAAACGAGCAUAUCAGCAAAAGCCAUACCCCUCGCCAAAAACCAUUGAGGAACUCGCUACACAGCUCAACUUGAAAACCAGCACAGUGAUCAAUUGGUUCCACAAUUACAGAUCUCGCAUCCGUCGAGAGCUGUUCAUUGAAGAAAUCCAAGCAGGAAGCCAGAGCCAGGCUGGAUCAAGUGACUCUCCUUCAGCCAGAAGCAGCAGGGCAGUUCACAGCUCUGAGGGAGACAGUUGUGAUGGUGUGGACACAGAAGGCCCACCUGAAGGAAAACAAAGUGGUCUGGAGGCGGACGAAUACAGCAAUGCAACCACAAAGUCUCAGGGAGGGCAAGCAGAGUCAGCUUUUGAAGCGGGGGAAGAGGUACCACAAGAUGCCAGAUCAUCAGAGAAAACAGAGUCAUUCCAUUUGGGAAUGGAGAGCCUGGAGGAUACUGAUGAUGAGGGUAGGCUCAAAGCACCACGUCAGAGUUCUCCACCAGGGUCUCAAAGUUCAGGAGAAACUCUGGAGACAAUGCCAAACUCUGCUACAGAAGAGGAUGCCUCUACCUCAGCUGCCUCCACCUCAGUCCUUACAGGGGAGAGCUCCUUCAAGUCAAAAGAAAGUUCAGAGAAAAUGUUGAGUGUGCCAAGUACAAGUUCCACAUUGGCUGCAGGUUCACAGAAAGCCAACUCUAUUCAGAGUUUAUUCAGCUUUUCCGAGGCAGCAAGCUCCAAGAACACGCGGGACAACACCUUGAGGAAAAAGAAAGCAGCAAACUUGAACAACAUAAUACACCGUUUAGAGAAGGCCGCUAGUCGAGAAGAGCCCGUUGAAUGGGAGUUUUGAGAUUAAACUCACCCAACUCUAGAGAGCUGGGAAAGUUAAACUGGACUUCUACUGGUUUUAUUGUGUUGCGCACUUACCGCCCUGCAGGCCACAGGGCAAAAACGCCAUAGGCCAAGGUGCAUAUAGAAAACAAAAGGAGCGUUAAGCCCAAUUUAUGUUUGUGUUUUCAAGGAAGAAAACUGAAAUGUGUGGUCAAGCUUUUUUGUACCCUGAAGUGUUUUUAUUAAUGCCCUAAGUGAUUUCCACAAUUUCUGGAAUAACUCAUACAGCUUUGCCUUGUGCCCUCCUCUUUGGUGUGGGCUUUAAAAAAACAAAAACACAAAAAAAAAUCAAACCCACAUAUUUAAAGGGGGCUUUUUAUCUGCCAUCUAAUGGCUACGGAGCGAUAAUACACUAUUAUCUUCUUAAACCAGGAAAAAAGGGGAGAUUUUUCAAAAAGGAAAAAUAAAGUUUUUUGUAGCUGUUCAGUUGCCACUAAGAGAUUGCACAGUCAACCGACUCUAAACACACUAGUUUGGAUUCCUAAAUAUUUUCAAGAAAAGAAAAGAAUUGUGUUGUUUGAAACUUUGAAUUAAAAAAAAACACGUACUCAACAUAUUUUUUAACAAAACAAAAAAAGUCACAUCAGGAAAAUAUCUUAAUUUGUGGUAGCUGACUUAGUGUUUUCUUGUAAGUGAAAUAGAAUAUUGACAUGUAGUGCACAUUGUUUCAUAGCUUUAACUGAUUCUGGUCUUUUGCAGACCAGAAUUUGUUUAAUACACUCCAUUUUAGGCCAAAUCAGGACAAAAAAAAUCUGAAUCUAGGUAUUUUAUAAUCUGCUUUUUAACCUCUAACCACAGAGCACGCUGAUCAGACCUCAUAUCCAGGAGGUUUAAGAGAGAACUUAGAAUAGCAUGUACUUGAUCAUUUCAUUGACUUGUAGUAUAUCUAGUACCUUUUUGUUUAAGAAAGAGAAAUGAAAAAAGUUGGCCAGUAACAUUUCAGCCUGCAGCUCUGGGGACAUAUUUUACAGCCUGAAGCAUUCAGCUAACUUGAAAUCAGUUAGUUUCAUUUACAUGUGUAACUGAUAACACACACCACUAAGAAGGAAUUGGGGCCUGCCUCAGAUGAAGAGAUUUCAUCCUACAAUAGGUAGCCCUUCACUGACUCUCUUCCCACCAUAAGCACUGAUUUAAAUGUUUUAGUUUGUGGGAAGUUUAUUUUUUGUAGAAAAAGAAUACAUUGCAGGUAUCAGAUGGGCUGUGACCAAGAUGUAAAUAGCCCAAACUCCAAACCAAAAUACUCGUGCUUUGGAAUCCCAGUCCAGACUAUUCCACCCUUUGGAAAUUUAGCCUCUUCAGAUUAUUUUAUGCACAGCAUAAAACUGAUCAAAGUACAAAUCAAAUUCUGACUUGUCUCUAACUCCUCCUGUUGUCUAUAUGUAUAUGCGUGAGCAUAGAGGUGUGUGGAAGGAUGUGUGUGUGUGAGUGUGUGCGUGCAAUUUUAUACGUCUGUGUAUUUUCUUAUGUACUUGUGCACACAUAGAGUGCAUUACUGCCACCUUUUUUCAAUAAGCUGUUUUAUCAGUUAUGGCUUCUACAAGUUUGCUAAUUUAGACUCCUUUAUUGCCAUAUCUUUAAAACUAACAAUAGAUGAUUUCGGUAUAUAUAUAUAUAUUUUUUUUUGCUUAUUUAUAGGUGCUGUAUUUUAUUAUCUGAUUGUUAGGAAGGGAUGAAAGGGGGCAAAUAUUCUUUAGAGGGAUAGACUGCCGGCAGUAUUGGGUAUAAUUUACAAGAUGUAGUUGUCAUACUGUAUAUUAUUGAUUGAAGACUUUUUGACCGUAUUGUGUAUCAUUGAAACCUUUGUCUUAGGUCAGCAUCUUUUGAUGACACUUUAAUGGUGCAUUCAUUACUUCUUAAGUUUAAUUAAUAUUACUUUUUUGAUUUUGGGAGGGUGGGGAAAGGAGUUCCAAUUUUAAAGGUAUGCUCCCAAUAUUACACCUCAGUGUGCUUGUAUUAAUUAACUAGUAGGACUUUGACUGUACGAUGUGAACCCACAUUUCUUGCAUGAUGUUUUAGAAGUGAUGUAUUUCAUUUACAGUCUCAAUGUGCAACAGCAGCACUUAGUUCAGGUUUUCACAAAUUAAGCGUCACUACACUAUUAGCCUUUUCAUGAAUACGAAAAGAAGGCUCUAGGAGGCUGAAAGGCAGAGAUUUAUUUACCUGUUUUUACUGUCACAGUCGUUUCAAAUUACCUGCUUGGAUAACCAGAGACUUAGCUUGUGGUGCAUGAUUCAAAUUUGAUAAACAGAGACCACAACUAGCCCUUUCUGUGGUGAGCUGAAGAGAAAAUUAGGAACAUGUGAUUGCACUAUCUAGAAUCACUGUGACUUCUACUUAAAGAGACAUAACGUUUGGCUGAGAAAACUUACAGCGAAGGACAUGGUAAAUCAAAACAUUACCAUUCGAAAUCUUCUUUUCACCGCAGUGUCUCCUUAAAAGCAAAUGUUUUGAUUUGGUUUAUAAAACUCAUCUCCAUUUAUGAAUGUGUGUCCCAUUCAAAUAUAUGUAUUUGUACAUGGGUAACAAUGAAAUAUAAACAUCUUCAGUUCACCCAAGAGACAGAACUUAUAAUUAGACAAAUCCAGAUAUUGUCUUACAUUCUAACUUAAUCAGUUUUCUUUGUUUACAUUAGAACAAUAUAUUUGCCAUGCGUUGCCACCCUCUGUUUCUAUCAGGUUGAUAUCUGGGUGCUUGAUGCAGUCAAGUGGUUAAAUUUUGCUUCCUUGUAGGUUAUGGGUUUUUUUUUGUUUUGUUUGUUUUUUUUCCUAUUUAUUAUUUUGCUUAAUUAAGGUCCCCAGACCUGUUUUUGAAUAAGCGUGUCUGUUUAUUGCAUUCAAUAAUGCUUACUGAGAGCUGUCACUGAAAGCAAAAUUGUAUUAAUAGGAUGAACUCAAAUGCAGCAGUAAGGGUUAAUCUCUCUUCUUGAUAAGCAAUACUUAAGUGCCUUCAAAAGUAUCCUUUUUGUUCUUUCGUUUUGUAGUUUUCAGGUUUCUGCUACUUACAUUAGAGGAGCCAAACACUCAAAAGUGUCUGCUUAUUUUUGUUAAUGCUAUGUCAAUUUUCUAAAAGCAUAUUUGUAGCUCUCCUGUAAAGGAUGUUUCCUUUAUAACACUAACAGUGAACUAUAAACUCCAUUAUACCACUUACAAUGCAUAGAAUUUUGUUGAAUGAAGACAGCACUCGUAAUUCAUAAAUCACCCCAUUCUGCCAAGGGCUGUCAUCAGUAUUUAUUAUAAAAUUAGUCAGAUAAAAUGCUCUUGGUAUUCCCUAUAUUUUGGCACUUUAUUAAUGCUUUAGUUCCUUUUGUCAUUUCAUGCAUAAUAUCAUAGGUAGAAAGUACGUAAAACUAUUAGAAUGCCAUUGGGAUGACUCCAAGCUUCCAGUUAGGAAUCACGUUACAGUUCUUUGACAGAUACCUUAUCUUACUCUCCUGUUUGGAGAUUUUUUCCUUACUAGUUUUCCAAAUUGGCAAGACCUCCCUGGUUGAAAAAGGGUUAAAUUGCAUCUGUGGUGAAUGAUUUUUAGCUAUAUUUCUUCAUGGUAAUGAAGUAUGUUGUUUAAAAUUAAUGUUGCUGGGGAAAUUAGUAUUACACUCCUAGUCUUCAUUACCUGAUAAAGAGCUACUGGAGAAGUAAUGUAAAAAGAGUUGGACUCUUCAGUGCUUUCCAGUCGUUGAUUAGUUGAGAGUAACAAAGGUGAAAGGGUGUAUAAGGUGCCACAUGUUCAACAUGUGGGGCUGUUCUCUAUGCACAGUUAUAUUAUAGAAUUAAGACGACUGAAAAUGGAGCACUUGCUGAAGGCAUGCUGUUCAGUACUUUUCCAGAUAGAUAAAAGCACAUAUAGGUCUCUAGCAUUACAGGUUUUCUGUAGACUGUUUCCAUUUUUAUGUUCUUUAAAAGCCUUUUUUAAAAACCCUUGUUUCUGUUUAUAGUUCAGACUUUGUCUAAAGCAAUGGAGGGAUAGGCCCCAGGCUGUUUUAACAAAUAUUUUUAUACUGAAGGUAAAAUUCUGUCAUUUUUAUCUCUGGACGGGUAGUGCAAAAAGGAGAGAACAAUAUUGAGAUUUAACGAAGUGUGAUGGUCUCUUUUAUUAUUGUGUUUAUGGAGAGCGGAUGAAGUAUGCCUGUUGAUUAUAAUUGUUCCAUUUUUAUAAAUACAAUUUUCUUUAUCUGUGGAAUCACAAGAUUUUUCUUACUGAUAACAGAAGAAAAAGGGUUUUGUUAAAGUAGCUAUUGAAUGCCAUAGAACUUGAUCAUUGUAGUUUAGCUUGCACUCCUGCAAAAUUUAUAAAUAGACUUUAUGGGUAGAGUCACUCCUUAAGGAGCCUUGCAUUGGUAUGCUCUAUCCAUAUCAUCUGUCCACGAGCUGUUUCACAAUAAGGUCUUUACUAGAAUAAGAUGUCUCAAAGUAAAAAUCGCAUGCCUUUCCCAUUAGGUAAGAGGUUUUUGUAUUCAUUUUUAACAUAACCUUCAUGUGGGGAGGCUACAGUGAAGGGGUUAAUGAACACUACAGAAUUCUAUGCAAUAUUCUCUAGUCAUUAUUUUAAAAUAUUACCAUUUUGCAAUCUUUUAGAAGUGAAAACAGCGAUCUAGAGAGAAAGUGUGUCAUCUCAGUGUUCGCGCAAAGUGAAAUUAUAAUGCUGAUUAAUUUAAAUAAAUUAGAAUUAGGGGAAAAUCUUGACAGAAUAAUGUGAUAAAUAUAAUAAAAAAGAUUGCAGUCCCCACUAGCAAUGCUGCAGCCCAGGGUCUGUCAGAGUUUCCAUCUUAAAAUCCCUAAUUUCAAGGGUUUUAGAACUCUGCUGUAAAACGAAAAAAAUUGCUCUUGGCAGGAACUUGGUAGUUUAGAAAUGGAAAAACAUUUUGACCAUAUUUAAAUUAUAAAAAUACCAAAAAAGUAAUUGGUUUCAGAUGCAUUUUUGCACUUAAAUCCAAAACAACUUCCUUAUUUAAACUGAAAUGUCAUUAGUAAUAUGGACUAAUGCCUUUAGCAGGGUUGCUAAGAAAUCAGCAGUGUUAUGUAGCAAAGUGAUUCAUUGUAAAUGCAAUAAAUAAAUAUAUUCAUAAAGAUUUUUGACAUGCAGAUGGAGGAUCUGUUUUGUUUCUUCGCUUUCCUUUCAAGCAAGUGAAUUCUUUAAAUCAUCUCUCUUGCUUAUAUUACAGCCCAUGUAUACUGGGUCUUAAAAUCACUCCCUAUACUUGAGUUCCAUAGGUUCUAAUUGUGAGGAUUUCCUGGAGAUCGUAAGAAAGAUAGAGAGAGAGGAAGAAAAGCUGUCAUUUGGUCUUAGGCCUGAUCUUAUGUCCACUGAAAUCAAUGGAAUGUCUUUCCUUUGACUUCAGUGAGUUCAGCCCCUACCAAGACAUGCUGCUUAUAUCUGAUCUUCCACAGUUAAACUUAUACAGACAUAACAAGUGUAAAACGCAGCAUUUAGUUUAAUUUACUAUUAUUCUAGGCCUUCCAGUCUCCAUGGCAUAUUCUGUGGUCCCUCUGGCCAAGCACUAACAUGUCUUCCUCCAUAUCAUACAUACAAUCAAACAGUUUUAAAUUAAAGAGCCUGUAAAAAUUCUGUAUAAUACAAGAUGUUCAAAAAGUACCAAGCAACUUAAAAUAUAACUCCAGAUUACUUUAAAUAAUGAAAAUAAACAUUCGCGUGGGACAGCUGGGUUCCAUUCUUGGCUCUGUCAUUGGGGUGAGCAUGGCCAAGUCACUGCCUCUCUUUGCCUCAGUUUCCCCAUCAGUAAAAUGGGGGUAGUGAUACUGACCUCUUUUGUUAAGUGCUUUGAGAUCUAUGGAUGAAAAGCGCUAUAUGAGAGUUUGGUAUGUAUUAUUCAUCAAAAAUCAUUUUAUUUUCUUUCCCUAUUCAUUUUUGUGACUUUAAUAUAGUAGAUAUUGAAUAAACAAUGUAUUAAAUAUAUGUAACAAUAGAUUUUUAAGAAAAUAUAAGUCCAUUGUUACCAUAUAUAUCCAGAUACUAUUAUGGCCUUUAUCACCCCAGUAUCUGAACUGCUAAAUUUUGUGUGUAAUGCAAUACGCCAUAUCCUAUUAAUGUACAGUGAUUAAAAGACCCUUCUUUGGGGAGGGUCAGCUAUAGGCUCCUGCAGUCCUUAAAAACUCAGUUAAGCCCUGAAAAUAUAUCUGAAGUGGUGCUUUGGUUUUGUGAUGGUCCUCAGGUAUGAAUUUCAUCCUGAUAGAGCUGUUCUUUAGCAUAGUGAUAUGAAUUUUUUGGUCUCAAGUGACAUGAAUUUUUUGGUCUCAAGUCAGUUCCUCAUAGAGAAGUGUUCACAUCACAAAAAUUAACCACACAAUUUUUUACUAAUUGGUACCCUUAUGAGCAUCCUCUGUAAAGGCCAGGAAUUGAUUGGCUGUGGAGACUAAACACCCUCCUCACCCCUUCUAUGUCAGGCCAAAGGCACGCUGACAGAGAGGGGGAAGCGUGCACUGCUGUACCUGUUGUGUGGAUAAAAAAUGGACUUGAGUCACCAGGGUUGUCAAUUCAUCACAAUUCAUGAGCAUGUUCAGGCACAAAAAUGUGUAGAAGGAAGAAUAUCUACUUAAAAAUUAUACUGGGAUUAUUUAAUCUUUUAUUUUUGGAUAGAUGUAUGCCAGAGGACAAGUUUUGCCAUCAUACAAGCAUGCAACUCCCAUUGACUUCAGUGGAAAUCAUGCGUGUCCAAGAGCACAAUCUAGAGCUCUUUCUAGAUUCUUUCUAUUACUAAAUCUGACGACUUUGCUGUAUCACUUCAGUUUCUCUAUUAAACUGAAAUAGUCAAGUGAGCCCUGACCAUAUAAGAGUUAAAUGACAAAUGGUCAUAUUAGGAAACUAUCAUAAAUACUAACUGCUGCCCCACUUCCCCCAAUCCAUCCAUUAAAGGCAUAUCUAUGGCUGUUCAUUUUGUUUUUGGAGAUAUUUGUACUACUAAGUAAAGUACUCACUCAAAGGUCCAUGGAAAGUGGAGAAGAAUCCCAGGAAUUUCCUGAAGUAGUGGUGACAGGAGUUCUUUGCAUAGUUACUGUGUAAUUUUGUGGUAAUGUUUGUAACAGCACAAUCUUUCUAUUGGUAACAAUAAUAAUGUGUUAAUUGUGUUAUCACCUUCUAGCUGUGCGGGUCAAUAAUAUGCAUUUUUUAAAGGUUUUAAACACGUAUACUUACACUAUUCCUGUUUGGAAAAGUUCCUAAAUAUGUAGUAUAUUUACAAUAUAGGCCUUAGUGGCUCAGUAAGGAAUUGCUACAGUCUAUCCGGUAAAUUAUAUGCAUUGUGGCAUGGGUGGAUGGCAGUUUUAAAAAUGUUAUUGACAUACUAAUAUGUAUAUUAAUGCAUAGAGUGCCAGUUUCCCACGUCCUAGGCAAAAUCCAUGUUGCAAGAAAGUGACUGCAGGCUUCUGAGGGAUCAGAUCGUUUGAACAUGCAGGUUUAAUUAACAUGAAGAGAAAAAUUCACAUUUAGAAUACAUAAAAAUAAUUUCAAGGGUCUGGCUGAAAUGUACAAAAGCUAGAUAAUUUAGAACUCAGGAUGAAAUCACAUCCUCAACUUGCUCUGUAACUGUACAAAUAGGUUUUGCUUUGAUAUGGCUAUCAGGAACCUCAUGCACUAAGCACUCUUCCAUGUACAAUAUGAGCUGCUAUGCCUACAUACAGUAUGGUCAGUUAAAGGGAGCAGGAUUCCAUCCUUUAAAAAAGGUUUUAAAAAAGAAAGAAUUUUUCAGUAAAUUAAACCAAGUGACAAAUCAAAACCAGCAGUUCAUCUCUGGUGCCCCAGCAUGCUUAAAAGUCUACUUCUGAGGUGUAUGUAACUGAAAUUGCAUAUUCUGAGUUCCUGUCAGGGGACUUUGUUUACUUUGGAAGACUAAGCAUUUAACUGGCUUUAUAAAUCCAAUCCUACAUAUGUGGAACUAAGAAAAGUAUAUCUAGAUGUGUUAUAAGAUUGGUACUCAGUCAGGGUUCACUCUGCAUUUCUCCGGUUUUUGUUAGUUUCCAUUAGACCCUUACUAUUAUUUUAAUGUAUUAUUUGUGUGUAAAUGAAUUAGCUUUAAAAAAAGUGUUUCCAAAGCACCUAGUUACCUCUGAAUGCUAGUAUAGUAUAUACAGUAAGUGUUCUAGAUAAACUAGCUUAAAGGAGGGCAGGUGAAGAAUAAGCAACACAACUAUAUUGUGCUGUUGGGUGGGGUUUUUGUCUGUCCCCACUUUCCCCUCCAUAAGAGGCUUCCAUUGUUUUUUCAUCCUCGGGAAUGAAGUUGUUCACGGAUUUCCUGUUUGUUCUUGGGGGGGGGGGGGCACGAGCGAUGGGGAGGGGAGGUUUUUUGAUUAUUUUGAAAUGUUUUUAGUUUAAGCAAUAUUAUUACACAGUUUCCUAGAAGCGUUUAGCCUAUACUUCUUUCAUAAAAUGUACUAUUUAUCAAACUUUCUGUAAUCAGAAAGAUAACGUGCCUUAUCUUCUCAUCUCUUCAUUGAGAAUAAUCUAAAGCACAGUGAUCUAGAUUUCAGCAUACACAAGAGCCUACUUUUUAUUUCAGAAGAAAAGACCAAUCAAGGUGCAUUUCAGUAGCCCAGGGCCACUAAUCCCUUUGAUAAAGAGCACUUAAUACUACUGUGCAUUUAAAACUUUGUGCAAUAGAAGUUCUAGUUUUAUAUUUAGGAGCUAACACACUGUACACCCAAUGUAGGCAAAUGUAAGCUUUAGUCUAGGAGGAUUCAGGUGACUGAAGAGUAUAUUCACACUGGUUAUAUUUGCAUGAUGACAUUUUGGAAUAAAUAGUCCACCAUUGUACAACAAUCUCUCUUACAUUCAUAACAACAAUCUCUGAAAAAACAUACUAAUGGGUCUCUCAGUGAGCAUUUAAAAAACUUGAUUGGUCAAGCACCCAUGUGAUCUCCAGCUGUGGCUAACUUUCACCAUGUUCUUACAUAACUUUAAAAUAAGCACUUAUGUGUUCAUUUCAACUUCCUGAGCCAUUUCCUCUUCAAAUGGUGAUACAUCAUAAGGUCAUUCCAGUCUAACUGGGACUUGUGAAGAAUAGGGUUUUUUUUUCCUCUACAUCACACUCCUACCUCCUCAGUUUGUACUAGCACUUGUUUAUUUCUAAAACUCACUCUUUACACAGCAACAUAUGUCUAAUUAUAUAAAGUUCAUUAUUAGAACAAAACAAAAUUCUGGUCUUUCCUAUUUAUAGUGAGAUUACUUUAAAAUGCCUUUCAGAGAUUUUUAUAUAAACACAACAGAAAUAUACAUAUCACUUCUUAUUGCUUAAACAGACAUAGAUGGUCCAAACUCAUUCUAUUCCGUUCUGUUUAGAAGAAUUGGCCUGCUCUGGGAAUUGGAUGGGUUGGCAUGUAUUUGACUGAUUAAUACCCAUAUCAAUAUGUUGUGUUUUCUGGAGCAAUCCACUUAAAGGACUCUGUGUAAAUGUCUACUAAAUAUUUGUAUUUAAAUAUUAAAAACUAUUUAGUAUUGAGAUUUAAAAGACUCAGUAGUGAGGGAAGAGACUCCAAUAUAAAGAGAGACAAAAAAUACCCUAAGCCUCCUAGAGCCUCUGUUAAGAUUUCAUGAAGAUGCAAUAUCCCUUUGUCAAGGUACAUUGCAAUCUGCUCAAGAGUAUUACUUUAAAACAAGAGAGACUGGUUUCCUAUGAUGUUCGUCUUUGUUGGCAUAUGUUUUAAUUUCUGCAUCCAUAACUAUUUUUUCUUACAUAUAAAGUUGGUUAAAACAAUCUUGUGCAUUAACAACUCUUCCUGGUUUGAAAUAUGAAAAUACUAGUUGUAAAUUUGUAUCUCUGCUGGAGUUGUUUGGUUUCCUUGCAACAUAGAAACACAUUAAGACAAGCAUUCUGUGGGUAGGUAACAGUUUGAGAGAGAGGUGCUUAAGCAACAAGAGAAAUGUUGCUUUAGAAAGAGCCCUGUUUGUAUGAGGGAGGGAUGUGUCUGCUUGGGGGACGAGAUCAAGGGCCAUCAGUAAGCGCUGAACCAGCACAAAGAGCCUUACAGAAGGCAAAGAUGUAAGGAGCUGCGAUUGUUGCAUGGCGCAUCACCUCCUUUGUGGAUUGGAAGCAAACUUGCACUUUGCCUUUUUUUUUUUUUUUUUUUUAAGGACAUCCCACUAAGAACAUCAGAUUAAUUUUUCAGAAAUAACAUUUUCCCAAUGCCGUGACUUUCUCCUUCUGGUGUAGUUAGACGGGGGAGAGGCCCUACAUUAAAACUAUUAGGUAAUUUCUGCGAAAGGUUUUCAUUUCUAUCUAUCAGAAUAGUCUAUGCAUUUCUGUGUUGAAAGCCGUUUCUUGCUGUUCCUUUUAAGAAAACAGGCAGUGUCUGUCCCACUCUCUGUAAAUGCUCCAAGAAUGUCAAGUGUGUGAAUUUGGAUGUUAAAUCCAAAGUAAAUUAAGACUAACUUGUUUGGGAGUGGGAGUGCUUUUGUUUUUUAAAAUUGUUUCCCUCAUGUCCCUUUUCAUUUUUAUUAAGAAAUUAACUCUUUGCAUUUGUGCAAUAACUACUUGCCAUGAUAAUGGGCAGCCUUUUGAAAUGAAUGCCCUGACUACUAACACAGCACAAGAUGAACUCAGACAGAUAAAGUGGUGUACUUUUUCCUGAGAACUUUUUUGUUUUUAAAUAAGCUCAGUUUUACCCCCAUGUAUUGUGGUGUCUUACAUUUUUAGCAGUAUUUUAUAUUUUUUUCUGUAACGCACUAAGUCUUAGACAUUUUUAGAGCUUGUUUGUUAUGUUCACAAUCACAGAUUUAAAAAAAAAUCCUCACAAAGAACCAAUUGACCAAAAAAAGUGUCUUUUUUUUUUUUUUUGUACAAGUAGCUUUGAGAAGCCCACGUUGUGUUGCUGUGACUCAUCUUUUGUAACAUUUUAUUUCUUGGUAUUUGUUUAAACAUAAAAGUAAAAGUUUAUAUGGCUGGCAGUAGCGGGGAAGUGCUCCCUCCGUCAGCGGAAUGGCAUUGUUUCUUCUGUCUUUGGUUGGUUAGCCAUAUAAUGUUUGUUCUCAGCACUGUACAACGGUCCCUAUAUGAUAUGGAGAAGCAAUAUCACUGUAUGAAACUCACAAGAUGUAUUAUUAUUAUUAUUCACUAGCACCCUAGGUGUGAUAAUUGAAGUAAAUAUCUUUUAUACAAACACAA